GUCAUUGUCAUUUUCAAACUGUCAAAAGUUGCUAGGAAGAUUUGUCGCUUGGUCGAAUUGUGUUUGAGAAAACAUUAAAAUAAAUGCCAAAAUAUCCAAUUUAAUUACUAAAAUGCAAGCUACGGUUGAAUGUGAACGUAUAUUGGUGCUAUGCCACGGCUGUUUGAGUGCGGACAGAAAGAUUUCAUACGUAACUGGGCGGAGAAAGACACUGUUUACAAAACUAAGAGGCGACAAGAGGAAUGAAAAUGACCAAGACUUACUACUAUGCUGGGAGUGUAAAGCAUUGUUAAAUAAAACUCAUCAGUUCCAAACUCGGAUCAAGGCGGCUCAGAAACAACUAGUGGACUACCUCAAUGGUUAUAUUUAUGAUAAGAAUAAAUUCAGUACCUACACCCAUUUAUCAAAUACCAAAACCCCAGAAUGUGAUUACAUAUAUGUUUAUGAAGAAGAAAUCAAAGAAAUAGAUGUAUUUUCCACACAAAACGAAAUAGAAAUGCAAUUAGACACUAAAGAAGAAUUACAUGUAGAUCAAGAAGACAAUUUUAUAGCAGAGAAUGGAGACUUAUUACAAGAGAUAAAAGAAGAAUUUGAUAACGGAGUCAAAGAUGAGAUUGAUAGUUUAAAUUGUAACGAUAAUGAUGACAUAGAUCUCUUUGACACGGAUUAUAAAAUAGAAGAAGGAGAAAGAGAUCUUAUACAGAAAAAAAAAGAGAAGAAAAAGAAACCAUAUGGAUAUCAGUCUUUAAAGAAGUAUGCUAAUCUCACUACAUGUAGAGUUAUUCAUGAUACUUUUACGGAUGCAGUAGAAGAAUUUUAUGAUGCUGUAAAUUUAGAUUUCUGUGACAUAAAAGAGAACAAUAUAAAAUGUAGUCUAACAAAAGCUAAAUUUGUUUGUAAGAUUUGUAAAAUUGGCUUUAUAAAGUAUUUGGAUUAUGCCAGGCAUAAUGUUUUUAAACAUAUUGAGUUCAGCUACCCAACAAAUUGCAAGAUAUGCAAAGAAGCUAUAACAUCAGCGAGCCACCUGCACGCGCACUGGAAACAGAGACACAAUAUCAUGAUGCGAUGCAAGUACUGUGGCGACAUCUCGCGGAACAAGGGGGAACUAAAGAAACAUUUGAACAGGACGCACACCAAGAUAUAUACUUGUGAUAAAUGUGCGCUGGAGUUUCCAACGUUACGUAUCUUCAGAGAGCAUUAUAAGAAUGUACAUGAGGUGUUUGAGUGUGACUACUGUCAGAAACAAUUUAAGGUCAAACUCAGGCUCGAAGCGCAUAUCAAAAGACUGCACUUCCCCCUUUCCUGCAGUAUAUGUAAGAAAAAUUACCGAAACUUUAGCAAAUAUACUCUACACAUGAAACACUAUCACCCGGAAUUAGCUCCGAUCAAGAUAAAUACAAAAAUAAAGCUUACCAGUAAGGAAUUAAGGUACUGUGUUGAAUGCGACAAGCAAUUUGCCAGUGUGUACUUAUAUAAGCAACAUGUCAAGUGGUCUACGAAGCAUACGCCACGGCCGAAAGUUAGCGUACCUUGCCCGGUUUGCAACAAAAUGUUUAGCAAAGCGUCUUACAGAAACAAUCACUACAGACUGUUUCAUACGAAUAAGACAAAGCAUUACUGUGAUAUCUGUGAUAAGUACUUCGCCACUGGGUUUGGUAAACGGACUCAUUUCGCGAGUGUCCACCAGAAGAUUCCUAAACCCAAAGACAAGAUUUGCGACCUAUGUGGGAGGGGAUUUCAUACAAAUAACAUUCUCAAUAACCACAGACGCACACACACUGGCGAGAGACCGUAUAAGUGUGAAUAUUGUCCGGCGGCCUUCGCACAGAAAUAUGCCAUGACGACGCACCAGAAAACUCAACACAAAAAUGUUAUUUGAUCAAAAUCAAAGUCGAAAUUAUUUAUUUCAAAUAGACCAGGAAGGUACUUUUGAACAUCAAAACAAAUAUACAUACAUACAUACAUACAUACAUAACCUCACACCUGUCUCCCAUGGGGGUAGGCAGAGACAAUGGAACGCCAAUUGCCACGGUUCUUACACACUUCUUUCGCUUCAUCAACAGUCAUCAGUCUUUUCAUGCAUGCUCAAAGCCAAUAUAAGCAUAUUAAUAACGCCUGUCUGUCGGUCGGUCCUCUAGUUGCUCUAUUUGCUCGUUCCAAAGUAUCUACUCUUUAGAGCUAAUGUUCUCAUGUAAACAACAGCUCAUGUAAAAAGAUUGUUAUUGUGAUAAAAAUAAAACUAACGAUUAUACAAAAAAAGUUUCUUUGGGAAAGUUGUUUGUAAUAUUUUAAACGAAGGUGUACCUAUUAAUGAGAUCGAAACUAUUUCAAAGCAAAUAAUAAAUAAUUUAUU